AAUAUCAACAUAAAAAAACUGCCGUGACUAUAACCCUAAAGACAAUGUGGUUUUAUACUUAGGGGGUCUUUCUUACGCAGCAAGGGGUUAAGCGCUGUAUCCCGCAGAAGUAAGAACCCUGAACGUGCCACUUACUGUUCUUAUCUAUACAGGACACUCUCUAGUGUUAUCAUAGAGCUGACGCUGUCACACUUCUCUGACACUGAGUCUGCAGGACAGAGAAUGGAUCAGAAGCUGUGGCUUUGUUCCUGGUUUCAGCCGUUGCUGAUGCUCCUCCUCUUGCCAAGUGCAGCCUCAUAUUGCCCCUCUCCAUGCCGUUGUAGCACUAGCACUGGUAUUGUGGAUUGUAGCCGCAGUGACCUCAGCACCAAGUCCCUGCCAAAUUCCUUCCCCUCAACCACAAAGACUAUCUGGCUUAGUCAGAAUAAUCUAGUGUCCAUUCCCAAUGGUCUCCUGGACCGGAUGCCCCAGCUGACAGAGGUUUACUUGCAGCAGAACCCGUGGCAUUGUGACUGUGACAUUUUGUACCUGCGCACCUGGCUACAAGGGCAGCAGCAGAGGGGACUAUAUCGCAACAUCACCUGCAUGUCCCCAGAGACACUGAGAGGCAGAGUCAUAAUGUACCUGACAGAGGAUGAGUUAAUGGCCACUUGCCAGUACUGGUACUGUAACAUGGCGCUGCUCUCGCAACUGGGCCUCUUUGUCUUUAUUUGUAUACAGGGCAUCCUGCUCAUCUUCAUCAUCCUCUCUCUCAGGCGCUUCCAGAAGAUUGCCAGGGAAGCUCAGCGCACUGCUAAGGAGCUAAAGCAGAACUCGGAAUCCUAUGCCUAUGACAACAUACCGUUAUUUAACUAUGAUAGGACAUAGUGUGCGCUUGUCAGUUUAAAGCAAAAGAUCCCUUAAUAAAUUACAUUACAUGGCACCAAGUCCUAGUUGGUAUCCUGAUGAGCAGGUGUUGAGACUACAGAGGUCAUUGCAAUAUAUGUGACACUGAACAAAGAAACCUCUGCAAUCUGAAAUGUAUAGUUAUGAACAAAUUCUUAAAAAUAUAAUAACAUAUAUAAAUGGUACUGCUAGUAUAUCGCUAAUCACUAACGUUGCUUUUUUUUUACUAGAAAAUAUUGCAUUAUUUUUGUUUCAAUCUAUUAAUUUACUUAUUUACUUUAAAAUAAAGAAAUAAAAUAAACAAUAAUAGUAUAACGAUUCUCAGUGGCGGUUCUAUGGUGGUGCUAUACACAUCCAAACACCUAUGUAGCACUGCAGCCCCCCCCCCCCGUUGAACUUUGAAUGUCUCUAUAUAUUAUGUAUACUCUGUCUUUCAACUUUUUCACCACCCCAUUUAGCCCCGGCCCUAAAUAUUAGGUUCUAGAACCACCACUGGAGAUUCCCCUUCAACGCCUUUCCUUAUUUUGGCUGAAUGUUCUUUCAGGAAUAAUUUAUCCAUCCUGCAACAAAUGUCACUGUGUUACUAAGGAAUUACCUCAGCUAUAGCAACCAGCAACAGGCCGUGAAAAGAGAGACUGGGACACAGUGAAAGUGACAUCGGAAUAGAAAGACAAAAAGACAGGUGGAACACAGAACUAAACUCAUAAUAGAAGAAAUUUCAGAACCAUACUUUUGUUUUACUGAAUCUCCAGCUGGUUAACAAAUUGUAUGUUCAGAGUUAAAUUACAAGAAAGGGGCAGAAUAAAUAUUGGAAGUAUGUUACUAUGCAUAUUAAACAUGUGUAUUACAAGCUA